AUGAAGCAAAAGAAUACUCCAAUUAUUAUGGAGGAGUCCUUAAACCAGAAGAAAAGUCUAUCUUUGAUAUGGUUAAUGGAAUUGGUAGUAAUAAACCAAUUGAUAAAGUUGUUAGUCAAUUUGAAGAUAUUUUUUUUGCUGAAUCUGAAUAUGAAUUUGAUCACAAAGAAGAAGAA